AUGGCGGGUACAAGGCAAGUAUCUUCUUCAACUUCUGAACCAGAAGUUAACCCAGUAACAGAUGCGGUUACCCGAGUGGCAGAAGCUCUUAGAGAACAAACUGUAACUAAUCAGCAAAUUAUCCAGGAACUGAGGGAGGAUCGUGCAACCAGAAAUCACAACCAUAAUUCUGAAAGUGAAAAUGGACCUAGAAUUGCAAAUACUCAAGGAGGACUUAAUUCUGAUUAUAAAGGACUCACUGAAUUCCGUAAGCAUAAACCUUCUACUUUUCGUGGAGAUUAUAACCCUGAGGUAGCCAUGGAAUGGGUGAAAGAACUUGAGAAAAUAUUCUUAGUAAUGGACUGUCCUAAUACUCAUCGUGUAAACUUUGCCACAUACUUGUUGAUUGGAGAAGCAGAACAUUGGUGGACAAAUACCAAAAGAUAUUACCAAAGCCAAGAAACAGAGAUUACAUGGACAAUCUUUAAAGAUGCCUUUUUAGAAAAAUACUUUCCUCAGAGUGUAAGAAACAAAAAAGAAAUAGAAUUCCUUGAAUUGAAACAAGGAAACAUGACUGUUGGAGAAUAUGUGGCAAAAUUUGAAGAAUUAUCCAGAUAUUCUAAUUAUGUACAAAAUCAGCCUAAUGAAGAAUGGUUAACGACUAAAUUUGAAUCUGGACUAAAACCUGAAUUAAAAAGUAUGAUAAUAGGACUCCAAAUCCGGAAUUUUUCAUCAUUAAUAAAUAGGUGCAGAGACAUUGAAGCAAGCAUGAAGGAAGCUGAGGAGGGAAGAGAGAAAGACAGAGUUUCAAGUCGGAGAAAGAACGAUGACAACAACAAAGGGAGGUUUUCACAGGCACAAAACUCAGGGAAUAACUUUGCUAACAACAGAGGAAGGAAGAAUAUAGGACAGAUGAAUUCUCAGAUUCAGGUAUGUCCAAAGUGCAAAAAGAAUCAUGCUGGAGAAUGCCUAGCAGGAAGAGGCGUAUGCUUUAAGUGUGGAAAGCCUGGACAUAUGUUGAGGCAGUGUCCUCAGAAUCAAGGUCAGAAUUCACCAAUUCAACCUGCAACAAGAGGAAGAGUUUUCACUCUUAGUGGUCAGGAAGCGGCUCAAACUUCAAAUUUGGUUCAAGGUACUGGUCUAAUACAAGAUUCUCUUAUAACUGUACUGUUUGAUUCUGGAGCUACUCAUUCUUUCAUAUCCUUAUCUUCUACUCAAAAGUUAAAAUUACCAAUAUCCAUUCUAUCUUCUUAUCUUGAAAUUUUUCUUCCUACUGGAGAGAAAAUUUCCACAUUUCAAGUCUGUAAAAAUUGUCCUCUUCAAGUCGAAGGAAAAGAGUUUAGAAUAGAUUUAGUUUGUUUACCUAUGAUUGACAUUGAUGUAAUCCUUGGUAUGAAUUGGUUGUCUGCAAACUGUGUGGUCAUUGAUUGUCAUAAAAGAAAGAUAAUUUUCUCAAAAGAGUCAGAACUCCCAAAUGAAUCUUUAUUCUUAUCAACUUCUCAACUUAGGAAGAAUUUGUUAAAUGGAGCACAAGGAUAUGUUCUCUUUAAUCUUUCAGAAGCAAAGGCUAAACCUGAUGCAACCAGUAUCCCUAUUGUCUCUGAAUAUUCAGAGGUUUUUCUGGAUGAAAUUCCAGGUUUACCCCCAAACAGAGAAAUUGAAUUCUCUAUUGACCUAAUACCUGGGGUUGGGCCAAUUUCUAUUGCACCCUAUAGGAUGUCACCUUUAGAGCUUAUUGAACUAAAGAAACAAUUAGAGGAACUUCUAUCAAAACAGUUCAUCAGACCAAGUGUGUCACCUUGGGGAGCACUAGUGCUAUUUGUCAAGAAAAAAGAUGGAAGUAUGAGGUUGUGCGUGGAUUAUAGGCAACUAAACAAAGUCACCAUUAAGAAUAAAUAUCCUUUGCCUCGAAUAGAUGACCUUUUAGAUCAACUAAGAGGAGCCGCAAUAUUUUCUAAAAUAGAUUUGAGGUCAGGAUAUCACCAGAUUAGAAUUAAGACUGAAGAUAUUCCAAAAACAGCCUUUAGAAAUUGGUAUGGAUGA